CUGUCUGACUACAACAUUCAAAAGGAAUCAACCCUGCACUUGGUACUUCGCCUCAGAGGAGGGAUGCAAAUCUUUGUUAAAACUCUGACAGGCAAAACUAUCACAUUGGAAGUAGAACCCUCCGAUACCAUUGAGAAUGUUAAAGCCAAGAUCCAGGACAAGGAAGGAAUUCCCCCAGACCAGCAGAGACUUAUCUUUGCAGGCAAACAGUUAGAAGAUGGACGCACCCUGUCUGACUACAACAUUCAAAAGGAAUCAACCCUGCACUUGGUACUUCGCCUCAGAGGAGGGAUGCAAAUCUUUGUUAAAACUUUGACAGGCAAAACUAUCACAUUGGAAGUAGAACCCUCCGAUACCAUUGAGAAUGUUAAAGCCAAGAUCCAGGACAAGGAAGGAAUUCCCCCAGACCAGCAGAGACUUAUCUUUGCAGGCAAACAGUUAGAAGAUGGACGCACCCUGUCUGACUACAACAUUCAAAAGGAAUCAACCCUGCACUUGGUACUUCGCCUCAGAGGAGGGAUGCAAAUCUUUGUUAAAACUUUGACAGGCAAAACUAUCACAUUGGAAGUAGAACCCUCCGAUACCAUUGAGAAUGUUAAAGCCAAGAUCCAGGACAAGGAAGGAAUUCCCCCAGACCAGCAGAGACUUAUCUUUGCAGGCAAACAGUUAGAAGAUGGACGCACCCUGUCUGACUACAACAUUCAAAAGGAAUCAACCCUGCACUUGGUACUUCGCCUCAGAGGAGGGAUGCAAAUCUUUGUUAAAACUCUGACCGGCAAAACUAUCACAUUGGAAGUAGAACCCUCCGAUACCAUUGAGAAUGUUAAAGCCAAGAUCCAGGACAAGGAAGGAAUUCCCCCAGACCAGCAGAGACUUAUCUUUGCAGGCAAACAGUUAGAAGAUGGACGCACCCUGUCUGACUACAACAUUCAAAAGGAAUCAACCCUGCACUUGGUACUUCGCCUCAGAGGAGGGAUGCAAAUCUUUGUUAAAACUCUGACCGGCAAAACUAUCACAUUGGAAGUAGAACCCUCCGAUACCAUUGAGAAUGUUAAAGCCAAGAUACAGGACAAGGAAGGAAUUCCCCCAGACCAGCAGAGACUUAUCUUUGCGGGCAAACAGCUUGAAGAUGGACGCACCCUGUCUGACUACAACAUUCAAAAGGAAUCAACCCUGCACUUGGUACUUCGCCUCAGAGGAGGGAUGCAAAUCUUUGUUAAAACUCUGACAGGCAAAACUAUCACAUUGGAAGUAGAACCCUCCGAUACCAUUGAGAAUGUUAAAGCCAAGAUCCAGGACAAGGAAGGAAUUCCCCCAGACCAGCAGAGACUUAUCUUUGCAGGCAAACAGUUAGAAGAUGGACGCACCCUGUCUGACUACAACAUUCAAAAGGAAUCAACCCUGCACUUGGUACUUCGCCUCAGAGGAGGGAUGCAAAUCUUUGUUAAAACUCUGACCGGCAAAACUAUCACAUUGGAAGUAGAACCCUCCGAUACCAUUGAGAAUGUUAAAGCCAAGAUCCAGGACAAGGAAGGAAUUCCCCCAGACCAGCAGAGACUUAUCUUUGCAGGCAAACAGUUAGAAGAUGGACGCACCCUGUCUGACUACAACAUUCAAAAGGAAUCAACCCUGCACUUGGUACUUCGCCUCAGAGGAGGGAUGCAAAUCUUUGUUAAAACUCUGACAGGCAAAACUAUCACAUUGGAAGUAGAACCCUCCGACACCAUUGAGAAUGUUAAAGCCAAGAUCCAGGACAAGGAAGGAAUUCCCCCAGACCAGCAGAGACUUAUCUUUGCGGGCAAACAGCUUGAAGAUGGACGCACCCUGUCUGACUACAACAUUCAAAAGGAAUCAACCCUGCACUUGGUACUUCGCCUCAGAGGAGGGAUGCAAAUCUUUGUUAAAACUUUGACAGGCAAAACUAUCACAUUGGAAGUAGAACCCUCCGAUACCAUUGAGAAUGUUAAAGCCAAGAUCCAGGACAAGGAAGGAAUUCCCCCAGACCAGCAGAGACUUAUCUUUGCAGGCAAACAAUUAGAAGAUGGACGCACCCUGUCUGACUACAACAUUCAAAAGGAAUCAACCCUGCACUUGGUACUUCGCCUCAGAGGAGGGAUGCAAAUCUUUGUUAAAACUCUGACAGGCAAAACUAUCACAUUGGAAGUAGAACCCUCCGACACCAUUGAGAAUGUUAAAGCCAAGAUCCAGGACAAGGAAGGAAUUCCCCCAGACCAGCAGAGACUUAUCUUUGCGGGCAAACAGCUUGAAGAUGGACGCACCCUGUCUGACUACAACAUUCAAAAGGAAUCAACCCUGCACUUGGUACUUCGCCUCAGAGGAGGGAUGCAAAUCUUUGUUAAAACUUUGACAGGCAAAACUAUCACAUUGGAAGUAGAACCCUCCGAUACCAUUGAGAAUGUUAAAGCCAAGAUCCAGGACAAGGAAGGAAUUCCCCCAGACCAGCAGAGACUUAUCUUUGCAGGCAAACAAUUAGAAGAUGGACGCACCCUGUCUGACUACAACAUUCAAAAGGAAUCAACCCUGCACUUGGUACUUCGCCUCAGAGGAGGGAUGCAAAUCUUUGUUAAAACUCUGACAGGCAAAACUAUCACAUUGGAAGUAGAACCCUCCGACACCAUUGAGAAUGUUAAAGCCAAGAUCCAGGACAAGGAAGGAAUUCCCCCAGACCAGCAGAGACUUAUCUUUGCGGGCAAACAGCUUGAAGAUGGACGCACCCUGUCUGACUACAACAUUCAAAAGGAAUCAACCCUGCACUUGGUACUUCGCCUCAGAGGAGGGAUGCAAAUCUUUGUUAAAACUUUGACAGGCAAAACUAUCACAUUGGAAGUAGAACCCUCCGAUACCAUUGAGAAUGUUAAAGCCAAGAUCCAGGACAAGGAAGGAAUUCCCCCAGACCAGCAGAGACUUAUCUUUGCAGGCAAACAAUUAGAAGAUGGACGCACCCUGUCUGACUACAACAUUCAAAAGGAAUCAACCCUUCAUUUAGUAUUAAGAUUGAGAGGAGGUGUCUAA